AUUUAAGGUGUUAACCACAUCCGAUGCAGCGUCUGAAGUCCUCUUUUAAUUCAUUUGAAGUUUUGACACUGACUUUGUACGUUCAUGAAUCUGGUGUUGCUCUGGUGAUGUCAGUCAGAAUGGCUCCUCCUCUUCCUCUGAUAUUUCUGCUCAUGAUUCAGGGGAUUUACAGUCAAAAGGAGGAUGUGAUUUACAACCUUCUAAACAUCUGUGCACUAAAGGGCUCAUCAGUGAUUAUGCCCUGUACUUACACGUACCCUCCUGGAAUUCAGAUUAAGAAAGUGUUCUGGACCAAAACUGAUGUUAAAGUUAAUGAUGAGUAUCCACAUCUGUCUGAUGACCCUGAAUACAAUCAGAGGAUUCAGUAUCUGGGAGAUAAACAGCAGAACUGCACCAUCAGACUGAAUGAUGUGACACAGAAGGAUUCACACGAGUACUAUUUCAGAUUCACAACUGAUAAUCUUAAAAUAAAAUGGAUUGGUAAACCUGGAGUGACUCUUAAAAUCACAGAUCUUCAUGUGGAGUCUCCUGAGAGUGUGACAGAGGGAGAUACAGUCAGUCUGAAAUGUAAAAGCACCUGUAAUCUGACUGACAGAGCAACAUUCAUCUGGUUGAAAAACACACAGUCAUUAACUGAGAGAAAUAAUAAACUCCUCCUGCAGUCAGUCAGAAGAGAGGAUGCAGGCAGAUAUAGCUGUGCUGUACACGGACACAAACUCACAUCACCUCAUGUUUAUCUCAAUGUCACAUACCCACCCAAGAAUGUCUCUGUGUCCAUCACUGGUGAAAUAGUGGAGGGUGAUGUGAAUCUGACCUGCAACAGUGAUUCAAACCCACCUGUUCAAGAGUACACCUGGUUUAAAGGAGGAACUCUUAUAGGAUCUGGUAAAAUCUACAGGAUACACUUCAAUGACAGUGAGGAAUACAAGUGCAAGUCCAGAAAUGAACUUGGAGAGGAAUAUUCUGCUCCUGUCACUUUUUUGUACUCGCCCAGAAAUGUCUCAGUGUCCAUGAGUGGAUCAGGUGAAAUAGUUUUGGGUGAUUCAGUGACUCUGACCUGCAGCAGUGAUUCAAACCCACCUGUUCUGAACUACACCUGGUUUAAGGAGAAUGAAAGCUCAGCUGUUGGAUCUGGACAGAGUUACAGUGCACUACAGAGUGGAUUCUUCUACUGUGUGGCUCAGAAUCAACAUGGAUCUCAGAGAUCAGCUGCUGUACAAGUCACUGUUGAAGGAGGUGUGAGGGUUAUGUACAUAUCUAUUGGAGCUGGAUCUUGUGGAGCUGCAGUUUUCAUCGUGGUUUUGCUAUUUUGGAGAAUCAUGUGGAUGAAAAAGAGACAUGCUUCACCAGAGUCUCAGAUGGUUCAUCCCAGCCCUUGUAAUAAACGUUGUGAUGUCGAAUUGAGCGAUUCAGUGUAUGAGAAUGUAAAGACUGACCAUCACAGCUCUAAUGAUCCUCCUGUGUAUGAGAAUUUUACAUUUGACAGAUAGAUGCUAUAAUGGUGGAUGAAACGAUGAAUGAGAUGCGUUACUUUGUGGGUGGAGCCAUGGAUGAUUGACAGGAGUGUCAUGAUUAUGUGUUACUGAAGUGACGUGAGGUUUAUUUUAUUAAAGGAUUGAGGAAAACUUUCCAAUGAAUGGAGGAAUAAA